AUGGAACGACAACAGUCAAUAGCUCGUCAGAAUCGUUUCUUUUGGGAGACCAUAUUCGCGUUUACAUUCACGCUUAUUGCUGCCAUUCUAGAGGUGUUUCAUUUCGUCAAUAAUGCAUGGCUUGUACAAGGCGGACCAACUCUGCAGUAUCAACGUGGUCUCGGUAGUGACUGCGUUAAGUCGGAACGUUUCCAAAACGGAGGAGGCAUCAGAUGUAGUCCAUGGGGUGAUCAAACAAGUACGUUCGUUAUUAACGGUAAACGCAUUCAACCCGACAACGUCACAGAGCCUAUUUUAGCACUACGAAUCGCUCGAAUAUUGAUGUUCAUUAGUAUUUUAUUGUAUGUGAUUGUUAUUUUGACUAUUUUAAUUGUCUGUAGUAAGCGAGAUUUACAGUUGAAGUGCUUCAAAACAAAAGUGAAAAUACUACGUAUUUUGUGCAUUGCAACACUGCUUUUGAGUGAGUAG